AUGACACCAAGCACAACAGAAUACGACGAGGAUGAUGAAUUAUACGAAGUGAUGCACCUGGUUGAGGAGCUUAGUGCUGAGCUCGCAAAAGGUCGUGAGAAUAUGAGCUUACUUUUGGAAGAACUCAAUGAUUUAAAGCUGCGCUGCGCUCAGUAUACACGUCCUUUGAUACGUGCGAACAUUAGACUACCCAAACUUCCGCCAGAUACCGAUCCUUCAAAAGCCCUCAAUACCCGACUUACUCUCGAACAUGAAUCUUUACUAUCGGAAAAUGCAUAUCUCUCUUCUACUGUCAAAGAAUAUGAGACAACCCUUCAACAACUUAUGAGCAAAUUUCGUCUACAUUCUUAUCGCAUUCAGCAGAACAAACUCGAUUUACAACGGAAACAUGAAAACCUCAUCUUGGCUGAACGUGUUAAACGCGAUCAACUGGAAAAGGAAAAUGCGCUAUUACAGGCAAAGAUAGUUAGCGUUGCAGAGAUUUUGAGAAAAGCGGUUGGCUAUCAGAACGAUCCGGAAACGAUUGCACUCGUGAAAAGUUUGUUGAUUGAGAAUGAGGUAUUGAGGGAAUUGACUAACGUUGCGAGAAUGAAAAUUGCAGACAAGGAAGCGAGCAAAGACGAGAAACGGGGGAUGGAGCAGGGGAUGGAGCAGGGGAAUGAGCUACAACGAAAUGAACAAGGGAACGACGAGACUCAUGAAUUACAGUUUCCUAAUCCACCGAGCGACGAAUUAAAGAAGUUGCAUAACAUGGAAAUAAGAGACGGGAAUUCUUAG